AAUAAAUAGAUAUUCUCUCUCUCUCUCUCUCCAAAAGCUUCUGAGCUGUUUUCUUUAGCUCUGAAAAGAAACAACUCACUACUCACAAGCAUCUCUUGAUUUCUUUAAUGCGUCUCUCUCUGUAAAAUAGACGAAGAAAAAAAGAAAACAAACAGUCUUUCUUGCUAUCAUACUUCAUAUCAACAGUAAUACCUACGCUUUGUGUUGUGAUUUAACCGCAGUUUUCAGCCAAAACACCUCAAGAGCAAAGCAAAAAAAGCAUCCCUUUUUGUCUUUACCCUUUUUCAAGAAAUCUUGAUUACAAUAUGUAAAGCUUUUUCGUUAUUGGGUUCGCCGUGAUGAUUAAAUCCCAUCUUAGCCAAAAGCAAAAAAAGUAUCCCCCUUUUGUCUGUUGAUUUGGAUUAGGUAUGUGAUCUGUUGGAAUUCGAUUGGUGGUAAUGUAAAUGGGUUCUCUUGAAAAUGGAGUGUUGCCAUUAAAGAGGGAUCCGUUACUCAAAUCUUCAUCUAGAAACGAGAGAAACAAUUCAUUUGCGCAACGACCCAGAUCGAAAUUUGCAAGAUUUAUGGUUUUAAAGAAGCUGGAUUACUUGCAAUGGAUUUGUGCUGUGGCUGUUUUCAUCUUCUUUAUGUUCGUGUUUCAAAUGUUCUUGCCUCUUUCUAGUGUUGAAAAAGACAGCGGAGAUUUCUUGAAACAAAAAGAGGAUAAUUUUGGAGACGACUUGACGAAUUUCUUGAAAGAAAUUGGUGGAUUGGAUUUUGGCGAAGGUGUCAAGUUUGAGCCCACCAAGCUUUUGCUUAAAUUCCAUAGAGAAAAUAGAGGCGUUAAUAAUGUGUCUUUUGGUACUUCACGAAAAGUAGUGAGAUUUGGGCAUAGAAAACCUCAGCUUGCUUUUGUUUUCGCAGAUCUAUUAGUCGAUCCACAGCAAUUGUUGAUGCUCACUGUUGCAACUGCUUUGAGAACAAUUGGGUACGAAAUCCAGGUUUACUCACUUGAAGAGGGACCUGUGCAUACAGUUUGGAAAAAUAUUGGAGUUCAUGUCAAUAUUUUGGAAGCUAGUGAGGAUAAAAAGUUUAUAAUUGAUUGGCUCAACUAUGAUGCCAUACUUGUGAAUUCUCUUGAAGCAAAAGAAGCAAUUUCAGGCCUUUUGCAGGAACCCUUUAAAUCUUUACCACUUAUUUGGACUAUCCAUGAAAAAACACUUGCUACACGUUACAAAAACUACAUCUCAAAUGGAAAAAUUCAACUGAUUGAUGAUUGGAAAGCUGUCUUUAAUCGAGCUACGGUUGUUGUUUUUCCCAAUUAUGCCCUUCCGAUGUUUUAUGCUCCAUUUGAUGCUGGAAACUACUUUGUUAUACCUGGAUCUCCUUCUAAUGCUUGCAAAUUGGAUAAUUCAACAACUGUUCUUGAAGAAAAUUUGCGUGUGAAUAUGAACAUUGGGGCCCACGACUUUGUUAUAACUAUAACAGGAAGUCAAUUUUUAUAUAAAGGAUUAUGGCUUGAACAUGCACUUGUUUUACAAGCUUUAUCUCCACUUUUAGCACAGUUUCCUGUUGAUGAUGAUAGUUCAAGUCCCCAUCUCAAGAUCAUAAUCUUGAAUCAAGAUAUAACGCGUAAUUACAGUUCUGCCAUUGAGGAAAUUGCUUCAAAUUUGAACUACCCAAGUGGCACUGUGAAUCAUGCUGUUAUUGAUGAAGAUUUAUAUAAUGUUUUGAGCAUCACAGACGUUGUGUUAUACGGGUCAUUUCUUGAAGAACAAUCUUUUCCUGAUAUUCUAAAAAUAGCAAUGUGCUUUGAGAAACCAAUUGUUGCUCCUGAUUUAUCAAUAAUCAAGAAACACAUUGAUGACAAGGUAAACGGAUAUCUUUUUCAAAAAGAGAAUAUAAAGGAUUUAAGUCAGAUUAUUCUUCGAUUAAUAUCAAAUGGGAGAUUAUCAUCUCUAGCUCACAAUAUAGCAUCAAUAGGAAAACAUACUGCAAAAGAUAUGAUGGUUUUGGAAUCCGUUGAAGGGUAUGCUUCAUUGAUAGAAAAUGUUAUGAAUCUUCCAUCUGAAGUUGCAUCUCCAAGGGCAGUUUCGGAAAUUCCUUCAAAAAUCAAAACCGAGUGGCAAUGGGGUCUUUUUGAAGACAUCCCGGAUCGUAAAUAUGUAAAUAGAAGUUCAAGGGUUCAUAAUUUCUUGAAAAAGGUUGAAAAUAAGUGGGAUUUAAAAGAGAGUUCUGUUGAUAUUAGUUUUGAUGAUACGUUUUUGUAUAGUAUUUGGGAAGAAGAGAAAAGUAUUCAAACAACAAUGGCUAGAAAGAGAAGAGAAGAUAGUGAGUUGAGGGAUAGAAGUGAGCAACCAAGGGGAACAUGGGAGGAAGUAUACAGAAGUGCAAAAAAAGCAGAUAGAAAUAAGAAUGAUUUGCAUGAGAGAGAUGAUGGAGAGCUUGAAAGAACAGGUCAACCGUUGUGCAUCUAUGAACCUUAUUUUGGUCAAGGGGCAUGGCCUUUUUUACAUCAUGAGUCACUUUAUCGUGGUUUUGGAUUGUCAACAAAAGGUAGAAGAUCAAGAACCGAUGAUAUUGAUGGACCUUCUCGUCUUCCUCUUCUAAGCAUUCCAUAUUACCGUGAUGCCCUUGGUGAUUUUGGAGCCUUUUUUGCAAUUGCUAAUCGAAUUGAUCGUAUACACAAGAAUGCAUGGAUUGGAUUUUCAUCAUGGAGAGCCACAGCUAAGAAGGCUUCUUUGUCAAAGGCUGCUGAGGUGGCGUUAUUGGAGGACAUUCAAGGGCGUAAACAUGGUGAUGCUUUAUAUUUUUGGGUAAGAAUGGAUAAAGAUCCAAGAAAUCCAAUGCAACAAGAUUUUUGGACAUUUUGUGAUGCUAUAAAUGCGGGUAAUUGCAAGUUUGCAUUCUCAGAAGCUUUGAAGAAAAUGUAUGGGGUGAAGGAUAACUCGACUUCUCUUCCUCCAAUGCCUAUGGAUGGAGAUUCAUGGUCUGUUAUGCAUAGUUGGUCUAUGCCAACAAAGUCUUUCCUAGAAUUCGUGAUGUUUUCAAGAAUGUUUGUGGAUGCAUUGGAUGCACAAGUUUAUGAUGAGCAUCAUGAAAGUGGUCUUUGCUACUUAAGUUUAUCCAAGGACAAGCAUUGCUACUCUCAUGUUCUUGAGCUUCUUGUAAACGUAUGGGCCUACCAUAGUGCAAGGCGAAUGGUGUACAUAGACCCUAUGACUGGAUCACUUGAAGAACAACAUGAUUUCAAAAACCGAAGAGGCAAAAUGUGGAUCAAAUGGUUCAAUUACAACACCCUAAAAGCCAUGGAUGAAGAUCUUGCAGAAGAAGCCGACUCCUCCGACCACCCUAAACAGCGGUGGUUGUGGCCUAAAACCGGUGAGGUUUUCUGGCAAGGAAUGUAUGAGAAAGAAAGGAAUCAAAUGAGAAAACAAAAAGAGAAAAGGAAACAGAAAAGUAAAGAUAAGAUUCAGAGGAUUAGAAAUCGGACUCAUCAGAAAGCUUUGGGGAAGUAUGUCAAACCACCGCCUGAAAAUGAGACAGUUAAUGACCAAAAUGCCCUUUUGCCAGAAAUGAAGCUUCUUAGAUAGCACAGAUGUUUUUUUGGGUAGAAGUUGUAUAAUUCUUUGUGAAAAUUUAUGAUAUCUUUCGGUUACCCUUUUUAAUAUGAUAAGGUUUUUUUGUUUUGUGCAA